AUGCCGUCAACACACCAGCUCGUGCCGCAGCACGACCCCGACCUCGACCUCGACCUCGAGGGACAGCUCCUCGACGGCAAACAUGCCGUCAAGGACGGCAUCCUGGCCGCCGGCGGCGCACCGGCACAGCAGCCGCUGGCCGUUGAAGACACCGUUUCGACGCGCGCCAAGCUGGCCCAGCUCGGCUUUUAUUUCCUCUGCAACGUCGCCCUCACCAUCUACAACAAGCUGAUCCUGGGCAAGUUCCCGCACCCGUGGCUCCUGACUGCGCUGCACACCGGCUCCGCCUCCAUCGGCUGCUACAUUCUGCGCAUGCGCGGCACCAUCACGCGCACGCCGCUCGACUGGCGCGAGGAGAUGACCCUGCUGGCCUUUUCCGUGUUGUUUACCAUCAACAUUGCCAUCUCCAACGUGUCGCUGGCCAUGGUGUCCGUGCCCUUCCACCAAAUCAUGCGCUCGACCACGCCCGUCAUCACCGUCGCCGCCUACCGCGUGUUGUUUGGCCGCGCCUACUCCACCGAGACGUACCUGUCGCUCGUCCCCAUCGUCCUCGGCGUCGGCAUGACCACCUACGGCGAGUACUACUUUACCCUCGCCGGUUUUGUGCUGACCCUGCUGGGCGUCGUCCUCGCCGUCGCCAAGACCAUUGCCACCAACCGCAUCAUGACCGGCUCCCUCAAGCUGUCGCCCAUGGAGACCCUGCUGCGCCUGUCGCCUCUUGCCUUUUUCCAGGCCCUGCUCAUUGCCUGGGCCUCGGGCGAGCUGUCCGGCGCCAUGGCGGGGGCGGCGGGAGCUGCGGCGGCGGCCUCGUCCCCUGCUGGCAGUGCCGCCGUCGUCGCCCGUGUCGUCGCCCGCGCCGUCGGCGACUCCCCCAUCAGCAUGGCCCUGGCCCUGCUCGGCAACGGCGUGCUCGCCUUCGCCCUCAACGUCUCGUCCUUUACCGCCAACAAGGCCGCCGGCGCCCUCACCAUGACCGUCUGCGGCAACGUCAAGCAGUGCCUGACCGUCCUGCUGGGCAUCGUCUUCUUCAACGUCACCAUUGGCUUCACCAACGGCGUCGGCAUGCUGGUGUCGUUGGCCGGUGCCGCCUGGUACAGCUUUGUCGAGCUGCAGAGCAAGACCAAGGCGGCUACCAAGUGA